AUGUCUUCAAGUGACAAGGAACUGAACUUCUUGAGCGUCAUUGCCUAUCCCAAGGCCCCCACCAAGCCCAAUGUCGACUCCGAGGCAUGGACCAGUGGUGGCAAGAUGUGGUUGAAGGACUUCCUCCCUUCAAAAAUGCCCCAAGCCCGCAUCAUGAUGUAUGGCUACGAUGCUAUCCCUGCCUUCCGCAAGUCGCGUGAGGGUAUACAAGAAUGGGUUGCCGAACCUGAUCGACCGCUCAUAUUCGUGUGCCACAGUCUUGGGGGAAUAGUGGUGAAGAGAGCUAUGACGGAAGCGAGACAGAACGAAAGAUACAAGGCAAUCUACGACGCAACAUACGGCAUGGCAUUCUUUGGGACACCUCACAAUGGCAGUAAACUCGCUUCACUCGCUUCAGUUGUUGCCAAUGUUUUCAGUGUAGUUCUUCGCAACCCUCAACCAAGCUUCAUGGAAGCGCUGAAAAGGAAUUCUCUUUUUGCCGACGUCAUAAGAGAUGACUUUAGACAUGGCCUGGAAAAGUUCCAUGUGUUGAGCUAUUAUGAGACUAUUCCGCCCGAGAACAUGACUGGGCUAGUCGUCGACAAAAAGUCGGCCGUGUUGGGUCUUCCAAGCAGUCAGGAAACGCCUAUCUCUCUUGCGGGCAAGGAUCAUUCGGCGCUAUGCAAGUUUGACAACGAAGAGGCUAGUGAUUGCAAGAAGGUCAUGUUUGGUAUAUCAAAGCUAUGUGCUGCUGCUGUUGCUGCGAGGUUGAGAUUGGCUGAGGAAGCGAAAGCGCUCGCUGACCUCCAAGAGUUGCGCGCUCCAUCGGCAGAACCAACGACCAAGGAGGGAAAUCGCGACUGUACGUAG